AUGAACAUACUCAACAAAGCAACUUUAGGAGGUGGAUGUUUUUGGUGCAUUGAAGCUGUUUACAGGAGAAUAUAGGGAGUAUCUGAAGUUUAUUCUGGAUAUAGUGGAGGUGCAUUAAAAAGCACUGCCAAUUAUAAAGAUGUAUGUAAAGGAAAUACAGGACAUGCUGAAGUCGUAUAAGUGCUUUUCGAUCAAAACAAGGUGGAUUAUAAGGAUUUACUCUACAUCUUCUUUGCAUCACAUGAUCCAACUACUUUAAACAGAUAAGGUAAUGAUGAAGGGGAACAAUAUCGUUCAAUUAUUUUUUAUCAUAGUGAGUAACAGAAGGCAAUAGUCAAUGAAGUUAUAAAGGAACUACAAAAAGAAUACAAGAAUCCAAUUGUGACUCAAGUGGUGGAGUUUAAAGAAUUUUAUAAAGCCGAAGAUUAUCACCAGGGUUAUUAUGAUAUCAACCCAAACGAAGGCUAUUGUAGAGCUGUAAUAUCUCCAAAGAUCAAGAAGAUUAUUCAGAAAUAUCAAACAUAACUUAAGCCAGAAUAUUAAUGA